AUGACAAGCAGCUUUAUUUAUAAGGAGAGAAUGAAAGCUCUUUACCACACCAACCCUAUGGUUCCGAAUAGGUGCAGCUUGAUGCUGACUCGGUCGAUUGAUGCCCGACUGCCUGUGGUCUGGUGGGCCCGUAGCGUGCGUGAAGUGAUGGUGGCAAUAGGGCUGCCGGCCCGCAGGAGCACCGAGUUGCUGGAGAGGCUCGACGAUGAUCGGCCCGUGAUUGUUGUGCGUAUUCACGAGAGAGCCACCAUUGACUCUGCACGCCACAGUUUCUCUGAAAAGAAUCCCGCCUACGGGACCCUCGCUCGCUGGGGUCUAGUGCACUCCUCCUGCAUGCUUUCUUCCUUCUGCGUUGUCAGCGUCGGGGAUUUGGUCGGAAACAGCGGGGGUGCUCGGGGCUUCGUUUGCUUUGGUGGGCCGCUUGGGUUCUUCUUGGAUGAAGAAGACGGAGGUGUCAACGCGGUGGGGUGGGAUUUCUUGCUACCGCGGCGGCGGGGGCUGAGGGAGUCUCGCCGGAUGAGAAUUUGGGGGUUCGUAAUUUGUGGGGGAAUUAGGGUUUCGGGGAGAAGAAUUUGA